GCUGACGCGGCCCCGCCGGCCGCGGCUCCGGGGCGGGGCAGGGGCGGUGGCGGUGCCGCGGUCGCGCGCAGGCGCGCGCGGGCGCUCGGUUGGGUGCGCGCGGUGCCGCGGGUGCCCUCGCGCCCCUCCGGUGCCGCCGCGCGCGCGAUGAACUGGCUGUUCCCCCUCGCCAAGGGCGGCGCCGCCCCCGCCUCCGCCGCGCCGCCCGCGCGCACCGGCCUCCAGCAGCAGCGGCAGCGCCAGGUCGAGUCCCUGCGCGCCGCGCACGCCUCCAUUGCAGAAAUACAGAAAGAUGUGGAGUAUCGACUGCCAUUCACUGUAAACAACUUGACAAUUAAUAUUAACAUUUUGCUUCCACCUCAAUUUCCUCAGGAAAAACCAGUCAUCAGUGUUUUCCCACCUGUGAGACAUCAUUUAAUGGACAAGCAGGGGGUAUAUGUGACCGGUCCAUUAAUAAGUAAUUUUACAAUGCAUUCAGAUCUUGGAAAAAUUAUUCAGAGUUUACUGGAUGAGUUUUGGAAGAAUCCUCCAGUUCUAGCUCCUAGCUCAACAUCAUUUCCAUACCUUUUCAACAAACCAGCUGGAAUGCCUUCUUUUGCUCCUCAGGGGUUUCCAUUUCUCCCUCCAUAUCCACCUCAAGAAACAAACAGAACAAUGGCAGCCAUGCCCGUUUCUGAAUCAGUUUCUUCAAGCUACACUACAGACAAGCCUGCUGCUCCUUCCUAUGGCUUGAUUGCUGAUCUGCCACUGCCUGUUCCGACUGCAGAAGCAGUGCUUCAGGUUGGCCAGAACGGAUUUACAUACAAGAUGCCUGAUGUUCCUGAUACCUUUCCAGAACUGUCAGAACUAAGUAUAUCACAGCUGACCAGUAUGAAUGAGCAAGAGGAGGUGUUACUGGAACAGUUUGUGACUCUUCCACAACUGAAGCAAGUCAUUUCUGAUAGAGAUGAGUUAGUGAAAAGCAUUGAGGAGCUGGCAAAAAAAAACUUGUUGCUGGAGCCUAGUCUCGAGGCAAAAAGACAGAGGGUGUUGGAUAAAUAUGAGCAACUCACUCAAAUGAAAGCAGCCUUUGAAAAAAAGAUGCAAAGACAGCAUGAACUUAGUGAGAGUUGCAGUCCAAGUGCUCUGCAGGCCAGACUUAAAGUAGCUGCUCAUGAAGCUGAAGAGGAGUCUGACACUAUUGCAGAAGACUUCUUGGAAGGCAAAACAGAGAUAGAUGACUUUCUUAGUACUUUCAUGGAAAAGAGAACGCUCUGCCACUGCAGACGAGCCAAAGAGGAAAAACUUCAACAGGCAAUAGCAAUGCACAGCCAAUUCCAUGCUCCGCUAUAGACUUCCUGCAAACUACACCUGCCAAGAGAACAAAUGAAAAAUCCAAUAAAGCACACUUUUUAAUAACUAUUAUUUGCAAAUAAGCAUUUCAUCUUAUCUGGUUGUAUUUAUAGAAGAGAUUGUAUAGAACAGAGUUGGGAUGGUUUUUGUACAAAUUAGAAUGUCUCUUUAUAUUCUCAUUGUACUCAAGAAUCCUUCUAUUGCAAUCUUUGCAUUAAUUUCUUGUAUUUAUUGUUGAUAGUUAUAAUAUUUAAGUUCCCUGCUGCUAUACUCCAUUAUUCAGAGAUUAAAUACCUAAACAUGUAAUUUUGACUAGCUUUUUACAUUUUUAUAAAAACAUAAUUCAUAUCUUUUGUAUUUUGAACUUUAACCAUAGAUUUGGCUUAAUCUGUGGAAGACUCAAGUGUUGAUAGGACUUUGGAAACUAAAGGAGUUCUUAAUGGAGAUUGACAGUGGAUUCACAAGCCGUCUUUUCUUGAAGCCAAAAUAUUAAAGAACAAGUUUUUUUACUUCUAAAUAUAAUAGAAAACUAAGUAUAGCUUGUAUUGUGUUUUGGAUAAGUAGAUUGGGGAUUAAGCAAAGGAUGUGUUGGAACAAAUUAUAUUGGAAUCAAAGUAGAAUAAAUGAUAUCUGCAUAGA